CUCUGGUGAUAAGCGUAGCACGUGACAGUAACAUGUUCGACCCGGUACAAUCACGUUAAAAUUCGUAUGAUCCAUUAUUUUUUUAAAAUAAUUGUUUCAUUGCCUGUGUUCGGAAAUUUUAAGUGUUACAAAGGAAUUAAUUCCCAACUGAAAUGUUUUCUCAUAAUGCUAUUUUACCACAGGUGACAACUGCUUUGUCCCAGCUGGCUACUUUCAGUAGUUCUGUAAGACCAGCUGUACACAGUUUUCUUGUUUCCAAGUAUUAUAAGACUUUGGUAUCGAAAAGCUCAAGUACUUCCAAGUCAGAGGAUAAAGCAGCAGCAGUUCUUGAUCAACAAGCAAUCAAUAAAGCAGAACCUGAGAAACCGUCUUUAAAAAAUCAUGGCUUCAAAGAUAUACCUGCUGAUAUUACUCUAGCUGACUUAACACCUGUACUGGGUUCCCUAGCUACAUAUAAUUGUAAACAAGGAAAAGUGAAUGAACCACUCAAAUGGUUAGAAACAUGUAUUUCUGCCCAGACUUUCUUUGAAAAUAAAUCUGGUUUUCCUGAAAAUCAGCUCAAUUUAAAUAAUGGAGGGCCAGCAGUUCUUAGUAAACAAACAUUCAACCAGUUCAUUAAGAAGGAGCUGAAGGGUUUGUUUACAUACCAGCCAAUUCGUGGGUUCAAAACACAUCGCAGCGUUGGUAAAACAGGUCUUGGAAAAGGAAGUUUGACUGCUUCAUCUCUAGAUGACCUCCGACGAUCAGUUUAUGAAAGACUUUUUCCAGAGUCAGUCAAGUCUGCCAAAAAAACUGAACGUUUUAAAUCUAUUGUUGAUGACUUUGACUCAAACCCAGAAUUCCAGGAAAAGCUUAAAGUUGCUUUUGCUGAGGGAUAUACUGCUCGAGAACGGCGAGAGCCAGAUAUGAAGAGUACUUUAAUGAAUCGAAUCUUCCGUGUCUUUUUCUAUCUGUUUCUUUUAUGGGUUAUACUUCAAGUUAUUCAAGUUCUUGGAAGUGUUGGUGGAGCAGGUAUCCGUGGUUUUGGUGUUCUCAAUAGGGAUCAAUAUGAAGUUAAUCCAGAAGACAUAACUGUGACAUUCGAGGAUGUCAAAGGUGUUGACGAAGCUAAACAAGAAUUGAAAGACAUUGUUGAAUAUUUAAAAAAUCCAGAAAAAUUUACAGCUCUGGGAGCUAAGUUACCUAAAGGGGUUUUACUUGUUGGGCCUCCUGGUAUUGGGAAAACUCUAUUAGCUCGUGCAGUUGCCGGAGAAGCUGGUGUCCCUUUUUUCCAUGCAUCUGGAUCGGAAUUUGAUGAAAUCUUUGUUGGAACUGGUGCCAAGAGAGUGCGGCAAUUAUUUUCUGCUGGCAAAAUGAGGGCACCUUGUGUUAUAUUUAUUGAUGAAAUUGAUACUGUUGGGGCCAAACGAACAAGUUCUCAGAUCCAUCCCUAUGCUAAUCAAACCAUAAAUCAGCUUCUUUCUGAGAUGGAUGGAUUUCACCAAAAUGAAGGUGUCAUUGUUCUUGGUGCCACCAACAGAAGAGAUAACCUAGACAAAGCUUUAUUACGUCCUGGAAGGUUUGAUGUUGAAGUAAGGGUGUUUCCACCAGACUUAAAAGGCCGAAGAGAUAUAUUGAAAUAUUACAUGUGUAAAAUUAAAAUGGAAAGCGACCUCGAUGUUGAUCUGUUGGCUAAAGGAACCACAGGUUUUACUGGCGCUGAUUUAGAAAAUUUAGUUAACCAAGCUGCAUUGAAAGCUGCUAUGGAUGGAGCUUCAAAUGUUAGUAUGGAACAUAUGGAAUUUGCACGUGACAAAGUACUCAUGGGUCCUGCUAAGAAGUCCCGAAUCCCUGACGAAGAAGUAAACUGGUUAACAGCUUACCAUGAAGCUGGUCACACGAUUGUUGCAUAUUUUACUUCAGAUGCUACUCCUUUACACAAAGUCACUAUAAUUCCUCGGGGUAUGUCUUUGGGACAUACAUCAUAUAUUGCUGAGAAAGAAAUCUUUAAUAAAACAAAAGCUCAGUUGUUAGCAGAAAUUGAUGUUUGUAUGGGAGGUCGUGUUGCUGAAGAAGUUAUCUAUGGUGGUGAGAAAAUUACAACAGGUGCCGGGUCAGAUUUUCAGCAAGCCACAGCUAUUGCAGAAGCUAUGGUAAAAAAGUUUGGAAUGUCUGAAAAGAUUGGUGUUCGUGUCUUUGAUGAUAACGAUCCCUUUGACAGUGGCCUUUCUAUGCUGAAAGUCAAUGAAUUAAGUCCUGCUAUGCAAGAACAGCUGGAUAUUGAAAUUAAACGUAUUUUGCAGGAAUCUUAUGACCGAGCACGACAUAUCAUGAAAACUCACAGUACAGAACACAAAGCUAUCGCUCAAGCCCUUAUGAAGUAUGAAACUUUAGACUCAGAUGAUGUCAAAGCAAUUGUUGAUGGCAAAGUUCCACAGAAACUGACUUCUUGACACUAGUGCUAAACAUUUAAUAUAAUCUUUACACUGCUAGAAAAAUUUCUUCCAAACAGAAAAGUACUUUUUUAUAGCAAACACAAAGAAUUAUUAAUUCGAAUUCAACAAUCUUGUUUUCCUCACUUAUUUUUCCUCCUAAAUUUCUGUCUUAUAGGAGACUCUUCUGUAGUCUUACCAAAAGAAUCUAUGAGCCAAGAUUGUCCUAUAUAAAGGAAUGGCUGACCAACCAAAAUAUUAGAAAGUGGUCUAAGUUGAUAGGUGCCAGAAUAAAUGUGCUCUGCAACAAGUUUGAUUCCUUAAAUAAUACUCAGGAAAUAUUGGGAAAGCAUGUUGUUGUUUUAUUAAAAUGUUUCUCGACAAUA